AUGAGAGCGGAGGCACCAGUUCUGCCUGGCCUGCCUCCAGCGCCUGGGACCGGGUCCACGCGACGCCGGCUGGCGCUGACGGAGCAGUCGACUCAAUAUCAUGACAUCUCCAGAUUUCGGGUCCAGAGUGAGCACCCCUGUAUUCUGGACAUGCUGAACAUAGAGGACACUGUGGUGGCCAACACACUCAUUGAUCAGAGAUCUGUUGAGAAUAUAAUCCUCAUAGCUGACAACAAGGAGGCAAGACGUGUCAUGCAGCAUUGCCCCCCACGGAACUGCAAGCAGGCUUAUACCAAGGUGGGAGAUGAGAUCUACUGUCACCCAACAUUCAGGUAUUACUCAGCCAAUGUGGACAAAGCUCGCUACUUGACGGCCAAUGUUGAGGAGGAGAUAGCUCACUACGAGGGACAAAUUCAGUCCUUGCAGGGAGAGUUGGAUAAAGUGCGUCAGCGACGCAACAAACUGACAGAGGACAUUCGGCGAAAUAAAAGUGAAGGAAAAGAAAUGCAACACUCAACUGAUGAAGAUAGAGGAGGCCAUGCAGAAUCUGCAGUUUGAGAUCAGUGAGCUGAAAAACGUGGAGGACCCAGCUCCGAUCGACAUCGCAACUCUGGAAGAUGAAGUUUCAACGUAUGAUGAACAGAUCUCAAAUCUGAAAGAGAAGCGUGAGGAAGUGACUAAGAUUAGUUCAGAGCAGCAACUUCAGUUGGUGGAGGUGGAGAAAGCAUAUCGUAACGUGGAAGGGAAACUAAAGUCUCUCACUGAUAGUGCUGACCCCCUCAAGGU